AGUUAGCAUGUGAAAGGGAAUGCAGCAGGGGUGAGGAUUACUGCUUGAUCAAGCUCACAAUCACGGACUAUACUAGUAAAGCAGAACGAUUUGUGGUGGUGGAGUGUAGAGGGCAUGAUGCUGCUCGGUUUCGUAACAUUGAUCAUGCUCAUGGAUGGGAGAAAGAUGUUGUGGGUAUGGUUGAACAGGAGCAUGGGAAAAGUAAGAUUUUAAUUUCUUUUGACUGUGAGACUCUGAAAGCAGAUAAAGCAGCCGAAGACCAUAUUAGGCAGUUCAUGCCCAAAUUAGCUGGGAUGGAUGCUGUUGUUAAUGUAGGCCGGAUGAGCAUUGAAGGCUUGGACUUUGAAGCAGAAGCAGAGCAGAAAAAUGAACAUAUUCACCAGAAUAUUUAAAUUACGUUCUGGAAUUCCUGCCCUCAUCUUUGUCGUGCUGAACAGGGUUGUGAUGCCUCUAAUCUUGAAAUCCAUUUUGCUCUGCGUUCCUUUGUGAUUCUGUUGUGCUUUCUAUUGUUCCCUUGGCAGUAAUCAAUCCUAAUGUAUUAACCUUCUGGAUGGUUUUAUCUACUUACAUUAUCAAUAUCCAAAGGUUUGUCAAAUUGUCAUGAGGAAAGAAAUAAACAUGUUCGCCCAAUUGUUUCGCAUUAUUUACAAAUGCUUUGAAUGAUUGUUCCUAACA